CCGUUGUUUGUGUUCCAUAGCAUCUCGACCGGUUUUCACUUUUGUGGAAAAUUCAAAAGACUACCGAAGCCAAAGAAUCUCAAGAUGAAAAUCGAUCUGACUGUCGACCAGGGGCCAUGCAACACAGAUCUCCGGAGCUGGUGCCUUGGCAUAGCGAUCUAUUCGCUGGUGGCCAUCACAUUCAGUGUGCUCUUCGCGCCAACGGUGGUAAACUUUGUUGGCUUUGCCAUUACAGUUACAGCUAAUGUUUUAUUGCUGAUCGGUUGCCUGAAGUACAAGCGCCUGCUGCUCCUCGGCUGGCUGAUAUACGCCUUGCUCUGUGCCAUCGGUUUCCCAUUUGCCAUAUUCGGCGUCAUCUUCCACUACGGAGGGUAUCGCGAGUCCACCGGAUUCAAUAAUAUAUUUGGCGCCUUGCUUUCGUAUAUUUUGCAGAUUGUAAUCGUCGCCUUCUGCGCUCGUCUUAUCUAUUCCUACUACCUGCAGCUAAAGAACCGCGAGGGCACUCCUCAGGCCGUGCCUGUUGUUUGAGUCUCAUAUUCGGUAAAGACGGCGAUUCCCCUAGUUUUGUGUCUCCCCAUCCUCAUCCGAUUUCUUGCUGGGUUGUUCUUGGAAUAAAAUACGUUUUUGUAUUUGAUUGCAA